CGAGUAGUCAUGCAGGCUGUUCGCUCCCCGUCCCCGCGAUCUCUCACUAAUUUGCCUCGGUGCUUCACAACAGCUGAGUCGCUUGGCGACCGCUGACUCGUUUGAUCGGUAUUACGUUUGCGUUAUAAAAAAUCCUUGCAAUUGAAAACGCGCCGGUAAAUAAAAAAAAUAAGUUGAAUCAUAAACGUAUUCUAAAAUUAAAUUGCGCGGUAAAAUAAUCGUUGACGUCUAGAAAAUAAAUAUUAUUGUCAUUUUUGUGUCAAAUUUUGUGAAUGGUGUUUGAUAUGAUGAACAAAAAUCGCGUGUAGUAUAUUUUUUAUAAUUUUUUACUUGAAUUCAAUUUGUUGACACAUUGAACUGAUAAAAUUUUCGUUGUCUUCCAAUUUUAAUUGAUAGUUAUUAUAUAGUGCGCCGCCGAAAUAUUAAAAUGGAGAAGAGCGGUGGUUCCAGACUCUUGCAGAUGCAAGCUCGGUUUCAACAGAAACAAAUGCAGGAAAGGGAGAUGAAGAUUGCGUCUUUGUACGAGGCGCAGCAGGCGAGAGCUCUGGACAGAGUUCGACACUCGCCCAGUAAUGUGGGACACGCCUCACCACCACUACCGCCACCUACACAUCAACCAGGGAAGGUACGACAGAUGUUUGAAGAGCGCAGAACGAAAGCUGGCAUCGACAAGAGUUAUCCUCUACAGCCUAUUCACAACACAGACAGGCCGGCAGCCAGGAAACCACUGCCCAAUGGAUACAACAAGGUCGCCCCCUCCAAGGUCACUGUCGAGAGGAAAGUCAAUAAGACACAUACGAUCAACUCCCACACCGUAAAGCGGCAACAAGUGCAUAAAACAGAAAACAUUGUAAACGGCUCCGGUGAUCUCAACCAUAACCACGAACCGGACAUGAACUCCGUCAAACAUAUUCUGCCACAAAGUAACGGUGAAGUGAUACUUCCAAACACGGAUGAACUUGACAAAGUCGACAACAAUUACUUGUUGGAGAACGAAACGUUCCCGGAGGCACUAGCACCAACACCCACGCCGAGGUCGCCUGACCCACCAGCUGUUACCAAGAAACCUCCACCUAGAAGAAGUCCCGCUCAAAGAAGCAGUCCAGCCAAAACGAAACCUCAGCCGUCACCUCCCGCUGCUGCACCUGCCCGAAGGACUACAAGUGAUAACGCUGUACCGGAGAGCAAUAAGGCCCGAGGGGCCAUGCAGCGAGCUGUUAACCCGGUUGUGACCAGAAGGCAACCGCUGAGUUCAGGUAGUGUAGGUGGGGCGGCGGCGAGCUCAGCGCGGCGCGGCGCGGCAUCCGCGGCGCCGGCGAGCGCGGCGUCGGGCGCCGCCUGCACCGUCUGCGGCCGCCACUUCGCCCCCGACCGCAUCGACAAACACCAGGAGAUCUGUCGCAAGGCACACGCUAAGAAACGAAAGCCUUUCGACGCCCUCAAGCAUAGACUUGCUGGCACUGAAGCUGAGCCGUUUAUAAACAAGUUGCGUAAGGCCCCUGCAAACCCCGCCUCCUCGACGAAGGUGAACAAGAACCUCAACAACAACUGGCGGCAGAAGCACGAGGAGUUCAUACAGGCGAUACGUGCUGCUAAACAGGUGCAGGCUCAUCUCAGUGCAGGCGGUAAGCUCAGCGACCUUCCGCCGCCUCCUCCAUCAGAAAACCCUGACUACGUGCCGUGCCCACACUGCGGGCGACGCUUCAACCAACAGGCGGCCGAGAGGCACAUCCCCAAGUGUGCCAACUACCAGUUCAACAAACCCAAGCCCGCCGCCAAGCGUCGGUAACCUACUGGCGACUUGACAAGACCCGCUGCGGACUUACCCGAGUGACUCCCGACCGUUACGUUUGAAAAUAUUCAGUCGAGUACAAUCGUACGGAGUUUAUGUACGUAGCUCUGACUGACUGGUUCAGCUGGCAGCACUCGUGUAUCGUCCCCCUACGUCGCCGACAAUAAGGUGUGAUCUUUGGCUGUACUUUAUUUUAGGAUUAAAACAAAUUAGUCGUCGAUCGAGAUUUCUCUCUGGUACCGCGUCCUUACAUCCGCAUUAUGUUAGACUCAGACACCGACUACAGCAAGGACUUUUCUUCAAAUCGAUGGUUUGAUGCCCUAAUGCAAAUAGUCUUUACUUGCACACUAUUUUACCUCGUGAAGACGUUCUAUGAUAUUAUAAGUCCUAACACGAAUAACAGUUAUUAAGAUGGAGCCGGAGCCUCUUUACUCAACGGAUUAUAAAGUUAAUUUAAAAUACAGUCGGAACACGUACUCUCUGCAAGACUUCUUAAUUCGUAUGUGCUUGGCGUCUAUGAUAUACUGUAUCCUAUGGGCGUUUAUAUGUUACGUUCACGAACGCGUCUGUUCUGCUCCCCGUAGCCGACAAGUAUGGUACAGACGCACUGUAUCACCUGACACGAUGUAGGAGAAUAAAGACCAGCUUAUUUCCUUCAAACUCUUCUAAAACCCUUAUUUUAACACCACCCUUAGUUCAGUACUAAUCCAAUUAGUUUAUCAAGAUUUAAGACUUACCUAGGAUACUCUGCUGUUAAUCAUUUCAUCAUUUUCCUUAUAAUGCCCCAUUUACUCUGACAUUAUAAGAAAAAUGUACUUCAUAUACCUAUUAUUGAUUCAAUUUAUAUAUUUAAGUGGAUAAGACGGACUAUAAGUGAGGUUAAUAAAAAUUGACAUUUUGUACUUAGAAGACCAAUAAUUUCAUUGUACUUAGUACAUUGCCAUAAACGACUGUCGGGACCUUACCUUAGAUAAUAAACAAGUUGUAAUUACAAGGAGAUUUAUGAAGUCAAUUGAUGUUUGUACAAAAGAACUAUGCUUUUUAAACUGUUAACAAUGCAGAUGGUAUUGGAUUAUUAAAAUGUACUUUAUUAUUUUGUAA